AUGAACGGAAAACAGCAGUGUAUUGAUGUUAUUAAGGCGUUUGAGUCUCAUAAUAUACUUUGGGAUCGCAGAGAAUGUCACAGCACUAGGAAGAAGGACGAAGCAUGGAAGGACAUAAGCGAACGAGUCAAUAUGCCUGUGAAGGAAGUGAAACGAACAAUUUAUAACCUACGAGGCGUUUUGCGGAAAGAAAAAUCUAGAAUAAGAAAUUCUUUAACAUCUGGCGGUCAACCAUACAAAUCGAAAUGGUUCGCAUUUGAACACAUGCAGUUUUUAUUAGAUAUACAGGAUCUAGAUAAAUAUAAAUCCAAGAAAAGAAAAAGAAAUAAUACAGAAACUGAAGACAACAGUGAUAACGAAUCAUCGUCUACUGAGGGAAUACCUGUGGAAGAGGCAUGGGUCGAAGAAGUAGCUCAUAGUAACCCACCCACUUUAAUAAAAGAGGAGAAUCUAGGAGCGAGUAGUAAGCAAUAUAAUAAUGAAGAAUCUAACGAGAUUUUUGGCAAACUUGUAGCGUCUGAACUGGGGAAAUACGACAGUGAAACUCUAACAUAUGUGAAGAAGGCGAUUAUGGAUAUUAUAUUCCAAGCAGAUUUGGGCAAUAUAGAACGAAUUCGAGGAGAGACGUUUCAAUAG